AUGGAAACCCAGGACAACAACGCCGCUACACCGUCAUUCUGCAUGCUGGAACUGUCAGCGCAUAGCAAGGACAUUGUCUACGUCUUCUUGUACAACGGUACCCGGUUCUUUGUCACUAUAUCGGCAGAAGAUCUGGAAGGAAAAGGAGAGCUUCUACAUCAAUUUAACAAUUUCAAGGCGGAACUAGAUGAUCCUGACAACAUGUUUCACUUCGAGGAGUGGGUUCUAGCUGCCUUAGACGGCUUCAUGCGCCAAGCAGCUCCAACCCCAGCACCGGGAGCUCCAAAGGUCAUCACGCUCCUCGAAUACUUUUCUCCGACCACGUUUGCAUUCAAUCUUGUCAAUAAUGAAGGGAGCCUCUCCGCCGUUCAGGAAUGCUACCAUCCCGAGAUGCACGGUGAUACUAGUCCUCGGACUCAAAUUGUGGACUCCCUAGACUUGACGGAUUCACACGAUGUUGAUCCGGAAGUCAUUCUUCGUUCUACUCUUCCAUCAGUCCCAGUCAUACCAGCAUCGAAGCUCGAACGUGUGAGUGAAGGGCUAUGUGCCGAAGAGCUAAGUGAUAUUCCGACAAAAGUGCGACACGUUGAUACCAAUAACGUGUUCUUCUUCAAAGCUGGCUUCAAGGACCAUGGCCAUCUCCGAGAGCUAGGAGUACUAUCACAGAUUAAUUCAAGCCAAGUCUCGCCGCCUUUACGAACGUCAAAGCUUGUUGGACUUGUAGUGUGGGAUGACGAUGUCUCGUGUUUGAUGGGCUUCCUCCUGGAGUAUAUUGAGGGAGAAACUCUCGAUUUGCGAGCAGAGAGUGCCUCGGCAGAGAAUAAAAUGAAAUGGAUGCGUCAGAUUGAAGUGACGGUGAAGCAACUUCACAAACUUGGCAUUGUCUGGGGGGAUGUGAAACCAGACAAUGUCAUCGUAGAUUCAGCGGGAGAUGCGGUUGUUGUAGAUUUUGGGGGUGGCUAUACUCCUGGAUAUAUUGAGAAGGGGCUACAACAGACAUUCCAGGGAGACUUGGUGGGAUUAGAUCACAUGGCAGCUGAAAUGGGAUAG